AUGCCAUGGCAUACCAUCUUUGCAUUUCUGAAUCCACUGCUAAUCGGCAUCCUUCAAGUGAAAUGUCAAGGCGCAACCAAGUCCCCAUUCGACACACACCGGGAAGUCAUGUGGACAUUUUUGCUGGCAACUUUAGUCUACUGCUUUGCAUUUGCAGCUAACAUGAAAUCACGCAGUAAUUGCUCUACAGUCUACUCUCGAAUCUCUGGCCAUUUUGCUCUUCUCACUGGAUCUCUUUCCUCGGUCUCGUUGUUCUCCAUCUUUCUUCCAAGGUUUCCUAAUGAGCAGCUUGUUAUCCUCUUGUGGAUCAUCAUGCCUUUGAUUGUUGCAAGAAAGUGGAUCUGUCGAGUGUGCCAAAAGCUUUGCAAAUCGACUUCAAAGGCAACCCACUUUUUAGUUCACUGCAUUUGUCGUGGCUUAUUCCUCGGAGGAAACUUGAUGGAGCAGCCACAAUUGCCUGUGUAG